AAUGUUCAGUACACCAUGCAUAUUUUCAAAAUUACUGGACCAGAACGAGGAAAAGCAAUUAUCAUUCCAGCUAUAGAUAAGGAGGAUUUAAUAUUGACGGCUUGUACUCGACUAAAUCUUCCUUUGGAGCAAAUGUACCAGAUUGUUCUUGAAAAUGACGGUUCAGUUAUUGAGGAAUUUGAAGUUUUAAGUGAAAUCGCAAAAAGAACAGACAUGGUCAAAUUCAUGAUGCUACCUGAAGGAAUGGCAUGGACUAGUCUAAAUUCUGUUUCUAGUGACAGUGGACAGUCAUCUGUAAAUGGAUCAACAAACGAAAACUCACUCCAAAACAGCAGUCUCGAUUGUCAAACUACGCACUCUGCAAUUGAAGACCCAAAAUUUUCAGCACCGAUUAUUUGGGAAGAAAUAAUACCGAAAGGUUUCAAAAAUUCAGCGGAAAAUUCCAGUAUGACUGUUCGAAAAUUAAUUCACCGAACUGCAGAUUACAUGACGUCAACUUUAAAAUCAACAAGCUAUGUGGAAACUCUGAGGAUGGCAAAAAAAAUUGUAGAAAGGUACCCAAAAGCAUUUGAAAAAGUAACAUGGAAAAAUGGACACAUUUAUUCAGAUGGAAUUCAUGAAUUGAGGGCCGUAAUCUAUGAUAGGCUGAAGUACCAAAACAAGCAAUCAUCAACAAAAACCAAAAAAAGAAGUUCCGUGGAAAUUGAAGACAGCGAUGCGCCUGGAAGCGUUGCAAAUAAAAAGAUAAAAAUUACCAGAUACGGGAAAGGCCAGGAUUGCUAUGGGUGUGUGGCCUUCGAACCCCCUUUAACAGAAAAUGACACAAUAGAAAACCAGAAAGAGAAAAAAAAUCAACUGCUCAAAUACUUUGAGGAAGACUGUGACACAAUGCUUGUUACUGAUUUAUUAGAACAAACAUAUCCGUCACAAAGAAGAUGUAUCAACCACAGGGAAGAGGAAAACAUAAAAUUACAGGACAUUUUAACUAACCAUUGGCCAUACUUAACAAAAGAGAAAUAUUUUAUCGAUCAUGCUGAUGUUCUUUUGGGAAAAAAAGUUCAAGAUGUUUGGAAUACAAAUUUACAAAAAAAAUCUGAAAGUAUUGUCUCGUACUUUGAAGGUAUCAUCUUUCAGCAUCGUAAGACAAAUAAUAUUCCAGGAUAUGUAAAGAAAAUGAAAGAGAUUUCAAAAUCUUAUAAAGAAAUAGAAAAAGAGGUGGAAAGCAGAAAACCUUCUGCAUUAGCCAUUCUACCUCUAAUAGCCUGCCAAUUUAAAGAAGAAGAGCUUUUCACUCUUAAGGAUUCUGUUGCAACAGAAGAAGAAAUAAAACAUGCUGCUAAAGAUUCUACACGGCCAUCAUUAAUUAUUACAGGAUCCUCCUUAUAUGAUGAAGCAUGCAAAUGCUAUAUAGUCGUUGAGGAAAAUAUUGUCUUAAAAUCUAAUGACGUAUUAAAGGGUGUCUUAUUGCUGCUUCUUACUUAUUACGUAUAUGGCUAUAACUAUCCAACAAAAAAGGCUGCUUCUUUUGAUUUUAUUCAACGGAUGUUGCUGGAUGUUAAUCCUGUGGAGGGGCAUAAAAGUAUUAAAACUUCUAAAAAGUCGGGCACCUUAAUUAAUAAUAUUAUUGAUAAUUAUGAAAUAUUAAUAAGUUAGUAUAAUAAAUUGUACUUCUGAAGGUGUUAAUAAAAAAUGUAAAAUUUAUAGAUUUUGUGGUAUUUCUGGU